AUGCAUCGCGUCAACGUUGUCGGUAGCGGUGGUGGAAAUGGUCGUCGCUCUACCGUGGUUGUUGAAGAAUCCGAUGUAACGGCGUCAACGACAUUUGUGGGAGUAGACGGACGUGAUGAUGACUUUGCUGUAGACGACGAGGCAACAACUACAACCCUUAUUUAUGUCAAGAAAGAAAGUAUGGAGGACGACGAUGAAACUAAACAUCAGCUGAUUCACUUACAACAUCAACAGCAACACGAUACUAAUGAAAUAGAAGAUAUGUAUCGUCGUCACCGCCGGCCUAGAUUAACUGCUGCAGCCGCUAAACAUCAACAACUCCAGAUUCAACACAAUCAGCAAUUUGAUAGCAUCACGUCAUCAUCGGCAUCAACCACUACCACCAAUCGCCAAGAACGACUUAUGCUAGUAUCUGUUGAUUCUGGUAGUGUUGGAAGCGGCCGACAUCGCCAACCAUCGUCAUCGGUUGCUCAGUUCUGUUGUUCAAGCACCACUGCAGCAGCAGGGAUACAACAUCAACAGCAUCAACACCAUCAUAACCAACAGCAGCAGCAGCAACAAAUUCUGCCUUCUACUACCGUUGUAAUGAUUAAAGAAGAAGAUGUCUCAAUGUCAGCCGUGGUUGGUGGUGAUAGCUUGCAUCAUCAUCAUCAUCAUCAUCAACAACACCAGCACCAUCAUCAACAACAACAGCAUAAUAUGACAGCUGCAGCAGCGGUGACAAUCGUCACUAACAAUAACAACAACAGCACCAAUGCCACUUCCUCGUCACCACCUCCACCACGACGCCUGUGUCUGGUGUGCGGCGAUGUUGCAUCAGGCUUUCAUUAUGGUGUAGCAUCAUGUGAAGCUUGCAAGGCGUUCUUCAAGCGCACCAUACAGGGUAACAUCGAAUAUACAUGUCCUGCCAGUGGAGAUUGUGAAAUUAAUAAGCGUCGGCGAAAAGCAUGUCAGGCAUGUCGGAUGCAGAAAUGUCUGAGGACCGGUAUGCUUAAGGAAGGCGUGCGUCUGGAUCGGGUGCGCGGUGGCCGUCAAAAGUACCGAAGACAGCCAUCAACUCCUAUACCUACUGCGGCGAUCUCUGUUGCCCAAUCAGCACCGCAAACUGUGCAUCAGCAACAGCAAUCUACCGCAGCGACAACUGUUAAUAAUUCUAUUCACCACCAUCAUCAUCAUCAUACCCAUAACAACAAUGCUGCAUCGUCUAUUCAUCAUCACCACCAUCAACAGCAGUCUUUCAACAAUGCUUUCGGCAACAACAAAAUUAUUACCACCGGAAACUACCAUCAUCACCAUUCAUACCACCAACAACAAUUAACUUCAGUACCUCGCCAAAUGUGUUCAAAUGGUAGUAAUGGUACAACCGCAGCAGUUUCGGCACACAACAGCCAGCAUCAUCACCACAGAUUGCUUAACAGCAACGGUGGAGGAACUGGUGGUUGGAACAACAAUAACGACGAUGGCAUGUGUAUCAAACAAGAGUAUGAGCAGCAGUGUUGUUGUAAUGAUGCUACAACUGCAGUUGAUGCAAUCAGAGAGUGUGAAAAAAUGUUGGAAGCUCUUAGACAAUGUGAACCAGAGAUGCCAACAUUAUUAGGUGGCGGGGACGGAUUAACUAACGCUGCCGUCACCAUGGAGUUUUUUAAACAGUCCUCGACGCUGGGGGUACAACAAGGAACGGUGACUGCGGUAACGAUGGCUGGUGGUCUAGUCGAAGAUGGUAUAUCUUCAACGUCUUCGCCAUCUUCAUCGUCAUCGUCCUCAUCGUCAGCAACAGCAGCUUCGUCAACAACGGCGGCGGCUACUAUGGUGGUGCACACUCUCGCUGAACUAUAUGACAGAGAGCUGGUGAGCACCAUUGGUUGGGCCAAGCAGAUACCCGGGUUCACUGACCUGUCGCUCAAUGACCAGAUGCGCCUAUUGCAAUCGACUUGGGCAGAACUAUUGACAUUAACCACGGCAUUCCGUUCCUUGGAACAGUUUAAUGGUCAAAGUGGUGACGGUGUUAGUGACAUUAAUAGUAUUGGCGUUGUCAGUGAAGAAUGUAGUGGCAAUGGUCUUAGGUUGCGGUAUGCUACAGACUAUUGGUUGGACGAGAGAUUGGCUAGAGAGUGUUGUUCAACGACUAAUGGCGCCUCUUCGUCGUCAAAUGGUUCAACAACCACCACUACUACGACUAGCGGUACGGGAGUGAUAACAACGCCAACUGUGCUGGACAUUUACAACUUGUCGGCUCAUAUAGUUCGACAAUUUAAGGCAAUAAAUGGCGGUGAAGGCUUAACUUCAGAUCAGUACUAUCUGCUCAAGGCGUUAGUCUUAGCUAAUUCAGAUGAUCUAACAUUAGCAUCGUCAUCGGCAACGACAGCGACAUCCACUGGAAAGAACCUUAGUACCAACAGAUCGGUGUCUAAAGGCGACGAAGUGGUGGUCCAGCAGCAGUCAGCUGUCAAGCAGUUUCGUGCCACCAUUGCUCGUGCUCUUCAAACCCAUCUGGAGAUGACUGUGGCGGUGGCGGCAACAUCAAAUUGUUGUUGUUGUGAUGGUGGUACUAAUUGUUGUCCUACGCCAGCCAUGACUAUGGAUUGUUGUGGCAACAGUGGAACCACCACUACAGACAGUAGUGGAAUGACUACCAAUAAUUGCUGUAGCUGUUGCUGCAACACUAACAGCAAUAACAAUACUGCCCCAAAUCAGCUCGACAAUGGUGGCGAAAUCGUUGUCGUUGUUGACAAUCACCAACAGCAGCAUCAGUCACAACAGCGCAUGGAUACCACUGGCGGCGGUGCAACCAUAUCCACUACAGAAGCUUCUGCGGCUACAGUAGUUGUCGUUGGGACCACCAACAAUGUAGUGAUGGACGAUGACGAUUGUUGUGGGGGUACUCCAUUAGUUGACAACCAACAACACCAUCAUCACCAUUCUCAUCACUCAGAAUCUACAGACUCUGCUUCGUCUAAACUCGUACAAUUGCUUAUGUGUUUGCCCGCGCUUCGGCAGGCCGAUCAACUAAUCCGGCAGUACUGGACCCGGGUUCACCGGGAAAAUCAGCAGCAAUUAGCUGCCGCUACACAAGUACCUCAACCACAGAACCCAGUCGCUUCGGGUGCUGGAGUAGGUUUUAUUAGGCAAUCUACAGCUGCUGACCGAUCGUCAUCUAUAGGUAAUGGAAACAGUGGCUUUGGUACGACCGUUGUCAAAAUGAACAAGCUCUUCGUCGAAAUGCUGGAGGCCUGUCUGCGGUAA